AUGGCACACCCUCAACCCCACGAUCGGAAUGGCCUCGCGCCUCAAUAUGGACAGCAGCUGCACCCUCAAUCUCAAUCUCAACCGGGCGCGCCCAAUCGUAAUAGCACGCAGCCCUUUACUUUGCACGAAGCUCUCCCCUACACGCCCUUCACCUCGGUCUUUCCCUUUGAAUUUGGCAUCCUCAACAAUCCCACCAUCGGCUCAGGACCCCUCGCGCCAUCCAUCGCCGACCUCGUCUCCAGGGAAGACUAUGAUGCUCUGAACCAAGAAGCCGAGAAUCCCAAUCAGUCCAAACGGCUUGACGGAAGCCUGGAAUAUGUGCAAAAUCUACUGAAGGCUGAAAAGAUUACGCAGUUCCAGUUCAAGACGGCACCCAAGGUCACCUUGCCGGCAGACGCAUCUCGCAAGAGCCUCACUGAUGGGAUCCCGCCUUUUGCGAAACUGGUAUAUGAUAACACAUCCAUAUCUUCGCGCUAUCCCACACCAGAUACCUCCAAAGCGUCCACCCCGAACGGUCCACCCAUGUCACCCCGAACCUCCAAGAAGUCGCCCAAGGCGCGCAGACAAGAGCCUCCCAAGAUCGUCAAGCAUAAUCCGGCCUCCGCAAAUGCCCAGGCCGUUGCCAGUAAUAAGGCGCGUAUCGAGAUACACUUGCCGACCCAGAAGGAACGAAAUGCCGCCGCCUCACUAUACGCGUCUCCGAAACCUGCUUCUCCGAUGGCUCCCUCGCCAGCAACGCUACCUCAACCACAGACGAUUUCGCCUGCGGACUUGAUGGUCAGGCCACAAGUGACCCCAGUUCCUUUGCCCAAGAUUCCUAUGCCAUCAGUUCCCAAGCCGCAGCCAAAACCACUACAACCCGCACAGGCUGUCCCACUACCCCAUGUUCCGCACGCAAUACAGAAGGCCAAGGCGCCGAGUCCAUCGCCAGCUCCUUCUGAGCCGACACCCAGACCGCGCCCUUCGUCAACGCCUUCUUCGCAGAGACCGGCUGUCAUCAGCAUCGAAAUACCCACACCCAGCUUCAAUAAGAACGAAUUCGCUGUGGUGCCCGACUCUCCCUACGCCCCAGUCCACCUGUCCGUGAAGAAGAACCACAAGUUGCAUGGCGACAUAGAUGACCCUCUCAGCACCGAUCUCAACCAACGCGACCGGGCGAAAGCCAUCUUCGCAGACCUGCGCAGGUGCUUUCAAGAUAUCUUUGGUGCCGAGGAACAACUCGGUAGUCAUCCAGGUGUUCCUUCAAGUCUGAUGAUCAUGACGAACGAACAAGAGCCCGCUAUGACUUCACUUGCGCAGGAUAGAGCACAAAAACAAAUCCAUAGAGCCAUCGAGAAUGGCUGCUACCACCAGGCACCUUUGGAGGACCUCAUUCGUAUUCAGAAUCUCAGCGAGAGCUCCUUAAAACAUGCCGAGACACUCGAUGUCAAGAUUGAUGAGAGUUGGGGCGAGACCGACGUUGGAUUCUGGGUGCAGCAACUUCCCGACAUUGAUACGGGUCUGAAGGCUGCACGGACAUCUCUCCGCAUCAUGUGUGGUGGCCGAGAAGAGAAACAGUUAUACUCUGAAGAUCUCAUUCAGCUCGGUCUCAGUCUAUUCAAAAAUGUAAUGGACGGAAUCAUCGUCCCUGUGGCAGAGUUACGAAGCACUGGUCCUACUGGAAAUCUUUUUCGAGUCCUCGCCAACCACAAGAAGACACUGGGCACCCUGUUCACUUCUUGCCAGAGACUCUUUGCCCUGAUGUCCGACCUGAUGACGAGCAUUGACCUUUCGGAGAGUGUCGUUAACACCCUCGAGUCUCUUGCUUCUCGUCUCAUAUUCGUUGAAAAUGCGCACACCGAGAAAGACUCGGUCAUCGGUGCUCAAAAGUUCGAUGGCCUCCGUCUCGUGGCUAUGAAUAUUUUGUCCCAGAUAUUCCUGAUGAAUCCUGCUCAACGAGAGGGCAUUCUUAGUGAGAUACUGACAUCCUUGGAGAAGUUGCCCGUGGGCAAGCAGAGUGCCAGGGGUUUCAAGCUCUCGGAUGGCGGCAGCAUUCAGCCUGUCUCAGCUCUGAUCAUGCGAUUAGUCCAAGCCAGCGCCGGGAAGCACGACGACGGCAAGGAUAAGAAUCGUGGACAGUUGCUUCGAUAUAUAGAAGAUGGUGCCAAUGAUUCGAAAGCUACCAACGGUAGCAUCAGUGGAAACACAAAGCCCCACUAUACCAUCAAAACUGAAGAUCAUGCCGCAGCUGAAGACUCGAUUGCUGUCCAGGAGCUGCAGGACCUUACGAAACAGCUCUCCAACGGUGCCUAUCAUCACGCCCACUAUGUCAUCAGAUUCAUGGUGAAGCGGGCCCUGAAGUCGACCAAGACUGGAGAAGAAUCACGGUACCGAAACCUGCUGGACAUGUUUGUCGAGGAUUUCACGAACUGCUUAGACUCCACCGACUGGCCUGCUGCGGAACUUUUUCUGCGUUUGACGAUGUACCUGAUGUUUCAGCAAGUGGAUGGCGAAAAGAAUUCUGCCCCGGCGAGAAAUAUGGCAUUGGAGCUUCUCGGUGUAAUGGCGGCGGCCAUUUCCAGGUUACGAUCACAUGUGCGGAAAACCGCUAGUAACAUCGAAGGCACCGAUUCGGAUGAACUCGGCAGAUGGCUGGCCGACCUCAGCCUCAACGUCCUUGACGGCAACGUUUCUGUCGAAAAGACGCUCAAGUGGGAGGGACCAUAUCGUAUCGUUCUCGAGUACCUUCAAGGCCGUUUGUCCGAUGACGAGCAUCUGAGAAGCGCGAUUUCGUAUCUAAUCACGGACUGGGGAUCACAGAUGAGCUCUGGAUACGAGUCUCUCAUCAACGCCGAGGAAUCAGAUGACCGAAACCCGGAGUUCGGCAGAACUGCCUUUCGCCUGCGUAACAUGAUCGAGGACCCCAAAUGGCUCUCUAGGGAGUGGAGCUUCAAAUCAGUCGUUGCCAGCCAUGCGAAGCUCUCUCACUCAAUCAUCCUUCUUCGGUCAAGCUUUUGUACCGCCUUCAGAAACAUCCUGAACGUUCUCCUGGGCUCCAUGACCACAGAUCAAGCCACAGUGCGCAGUCGCAGUAUCAAAAGCAUCAACCAGGUAUUAGAGACGGAUCCAACGAUUCUCGAUGGUGACAGUGUUGUCAUCGAGCUCAUCCUUCAGUGCUCCAGCGAUUCCUCGCCUCAAGUGCGUGAUUCGGCGCUUGGCCUCAUUGGGAAGUGUAUCAACAUGCGGCCAAGGCUGGAGGAACGUAUGACUUCGACUGUCAUUCAACGCUUUGUCGACUCGGGAGUCGGGGUACGGAAACGCGCCAUGAAGCUUGCAAAGGACAUCUACCUGGGUAACGACAAUAAGACACUCCGAAGCACCAUCGCGAAUGGAUUGCUACACAGAAUGCAGGACCCGGAGGAAAGCGUUCGGGAACUGGCAAGACAGAUGAUAGAAGAGAUCUGGAUCUCGCCGUUCUACAAAGAAGAUGACUCCGUUGCCUUCAAGCAAUCCCUCACCGACCACGUGGCUUUGAUGGUCCAGACAGCCAAGCAGGGUAACACGGCUCUCGUACUCGACAACGUCUUUCAAACAAUCCUUUCACCCGACUCCAAGUUAGCAGAUGCAAACACUCGAGUAUGCACUCGGCUUGUUGCAAACAUGUUUGAUCUUGUGGACAAUCCUGAGUCGGAUGAUCCUUCAGUUCCCUCGGGUAAGGAUGCUCUGCAGGUCCUGAUGAUCUUUGCGAAGGCCGACCCAAAACUCUUCACCUUUGAGCAGAUCCGGCUUCUGGAACCGCACAUUGCCAGCGUUAGCACAAGCGAGGAUCUCGCAGUGUCAAGGGCUGUUGUGGUAAUAUAUCGCAGAGUAUUACCUCGGGUCCCAAGCGUGCAUUCACAGUUCCUUUCCGAUAUCCGAAAGGCCCUCAUGCUCGCUACCCCGAAGAUUACGAGGUCUCUUCUCGAUGAUGCCGUUGCUUGUAUCUGGAUCAUCAGCGACCUGCUCCAAACAUCCGAACCCAUUGCUCGCCUUGUUGUUUCGAGUCUUGCCGGCAUACAGAAAAUCAGAGGGAUCCUAGCCAAGGGUUUGGACCAGAAGCAGACUGGACAGUUUGGACGUUAUUCACUUCUCGUUGGCAUGGUUGGUAAACACUGCAAUCUGGACAGUCACGAGGAUCUGUUCAAGGCCAAGUUCCCGAAAUGGAAAGGAAACCCCGUUUCGAAGCUUAUGGUGGACGUGAUUAUUCCUUUUGCGGAUUCAUCCCAACCAGCAGACGUGAGAAGGCCAGCCCUGGACGCUAUUGGACUGAUCUGCCAGGCCAACCCCAAAAACUACGUCGCGCCCAACGUCUGGAAAACCUUUGAAAUGGUCUUUGAGCAGAAGGUACCGGCACUAGAGUCAAUGAUCCUACGCUCUUUCAAAGAAUUCCUCUUCAAGGAAGAGCAGCGAUCAGAGCAAGCAGCUUCAUCGGCGCCGGCCGGCAAGGAAAAGAAGGAUCUGAAGGUCAUGGGGGGUACGACGUUCGACGACGUGUCCAGCGCGACCACUCAGCGCUUUCUCAAAAACAUAACACGCAUUGCUCUGGCUACGCACGACGACCACGCUUUCCUUGCGAUGGAGGUCCUAGCAAGCAUCAAUCGACAGGGCUUGGUACAUCCGAAGGAGACCGGUGUUACAUUGAUCACGCUGGAAACAUGCCCGGUGUCUCGAAUCUCUGAGCUUGCUUACCAGGAACACAGAGCGCUCCAUGAGAAGUACGAGAGUGUCCUUGAGAGGGAGUACGCUAAGGCGAUACAAACAGCUUUCCAGUACCAACAGGACAUCAUCGACGAUCCCCGCGGUGCGACGACGGAUCCGUUCACCUCAAAGUUUCAUCUGCUAGCCGAAGUACUGAAGAUCAGCAAAUCGAAGAGCCGCCUCAAGUUCCUCGACAAGUUUGUUGGCCAGAUAGAUUUCGAGCCUUCGAAACUAGAUGUGAGCCAACCAAUGCCUUCGCAUGUGGCGUACUCACGCUUCUUGGUGGAGAACCUUGCUUUCUUUGAGUAUGUUACCAUUGGAGAACUUCAAACGACUGUCUCAGCUAUGGAGAAACUAGUGACUAGGACAGGUUCUGCUAUCGCUCAAGCAGUUGAGUCGGAAAUCUUCCAGGUACGCAUGGAUUCAGGACUUAGCUCACAGCCACCUAUUGAUGGAGACGCUCCACCCACGGCCAUCAAUACUGCGGAUUCUGUGGAUCCCCUGCGACUCCGCCAGCUAGCAGCAGGUUCGAUGAUCAUGCUCGCGGUCUGGGAGGCCCGCACCCACCUUCGCCGCUCGUAUGGCCUUAAUCCCAACCGCCGUGAGGGCAAGGGGAAGGGCGCCGCGAAGGAUCUCACGAAGGCUCCAGUGCGAGUCCAAGGUGUCACAGGUGAUAAGUUCUGGGAGGACGUUAGCUCCAUUAUGUCUGGGCUGGACACUUCAGCGGACAUGAUAGAGAAAUGCCGAGCUUUUGUCGACCUUCUGAACGUAGACAAUGAGGUCAAGAUUGGAGACGACGAUGAGGAUAUCGAUGCGGAUGGUGAGCCGAGAACUCCAGAUGCCGAGGGUGAAGAUGAGGACCCUCCCGAUGCUCGUGGCCGUAAGAGGAAGGCCGCUGCCACUCCAGGUGGGCGGAAGAAACGCGCACGCAGUAACUCGAAACCCAGGCCUCGAGGUCGACCCAGAAAGCAAAGCACAGAGAAGGCGGACGUAGACAUGGAGGAAGCGGAACCGUGGGUCUAA